AUGGACCCGGAGUUUUUAGCAAAAUUAAUUCCUCAAACAAAGGAACAGUCAAGACCAGCGUGCAAAAAAUGUGGCUAUGCUGGACACUUGACAUAUCAGUGUCGAAAUUUCAUAAAAGUCGACCCCAAUAAAGAGAUCGUUUUAGACGUAAGUAGCACCAGCUCUGACAGCGAUGAAAAUUACAUGACGCCUUUGACGGAGUUGCGGGAAAAGGAACUGAAAGCCAAACUCAGUGAAGUUAAGAAAAAAAAGAAGGAGAAAAAAAGAAAAAAGUCGAAAGCUCGUCGUCGCUCUAGCUCUGAAUCAGAGUCCUCCAGCUCCGAGUCUGAGGACGAGAAGGAGAAAAAUGAUAAGAAAAAAAAGAAAAAACGUAAAAAGAAAUCCAAACACAAGAAGCAGAAACGUCGACGUAAAUCUAGUUCAUCCGAUUAA